CCAAACCAGAGAACUUAAAAGCAUGUCUUUACAUUCUCUGCCCAAGCCACCAUUUAGUUGCAUUUGUUUGGUAAUAAGGUGCGUUGCUUGUUUAAAGACAGUGUAAAUGAAUGACAAAAUAAGACGGUGUGCAGAUUUUGAUAUGAUUGUUUUAAAGCGUAUUGGAAUACAUAAGAGCAAGAAUUUGAAUCGUUUGCAUGUGCAUACACACGUACAUAUGUAUGUUAAAUUCAUCUAAAAACGUUUUAAGUGCCGCGUAACAAUUCAAUUUUAAGCACCUUUAUUGCACUAAGUGAGACUAAUACAUACUUACGUGGCUGAACAGCAAUAUACAUACCAAUGCAUGUUGAAGAGUUGCAACGUAUAUGUGUAGGUUUAAUAUAGCAUAUUAACUUACUAGUGUAGAAAAAAAGCAUUUGUACCUACCUACAAUAAUUAAUCGUCUUUACUCAAAUAUAUAAUUUUGAUAAUACUUUCAAAAUGUGGGAUGGUUGUGUUACAUGAAAGUUGAACAAUUCCAAUCCUAAGUAAAUUAAUGAAAAUAAAGACUAUAUACAUUACAUAUGCAUACAUAAGUAUAAAGGAACGCAUUAGCGAAAAUUGUUGGGGAAGAAAGUAUGGUAAAACUCCAUAUAUUAAAGCUGCCCAUCGCUGUAUACUCGAAUGAUUUAGUGAUCGCGUAGAUAUAUAUGACAACCGCCUGUCACCCUGUAGGAAUCUCUAAGCUACGAAUUUAAAUUUGAUUAAUGUAAGCAUCAUAUAUACUAUGCAGAUAUCCAAAGGAUGGCAAAAUCACGCAAUUCUCUCUUUGCCGCUGGAGUAACUUGUUUAGGAUUUCUUUGCUUUGCAUUAGCUUCAGCAGCUAUAGGAAUACCUAUUUGGGGUUACUAUGAUAGUCCAACUGGUGGCUAUGAUUUCGAUCGAGGAUAUUUCGGUCUCUUCAAAGUUUGCAAACAGCUAACAUAUAACCGGGAAAAAUGUGGUAAUGAUGUUUCGAAAUUUAGAUUAUCCACUGUCGUUAACAUAAGUGGUCUAUUAACCAUCGUAAGCUCGGCAGCUCUAGGUAUUUUCUGUGUUCUAUCGAUAAUACAAAUAGCGAUGAUAUCCUCUCGUGAAAAAGUUGUAAUGCCUUACAACACAUUGGUUAUAUUUAAGAUGAUAUUGGCGCUGAUAGCAUGUCUGUUGGCUACCGUCGCAACAGUAAUGUUUGCUCUGCAAAUUGAUGAUUCAGAAAAAUAUGGCUUUAAAAUUUCUCGAGGUAUAUCGUUUUAUUUACAGGUUGCAGUAAUCGCUUUAACUAUUGGACUUUUUCUUGCCGCUCUUUACGAUGUACUUUUCUCACGUCGGAUGGGCGGAGAUCCCACAAUGGUUGUUGACACUUCUUCACCUGCCAACGCCACAACGUACAACAAUCCGGGUUACAAAGAGUCACGUUCAAGGAACGGUGUUUCGGUAACUGAUGCAUCUGGCAGGCCUUAUAGCGGUAUACGUAAUGGAGGAAGUGUCGCAUCUAUGUCCACUACAAUGACUAGCGUAUCAAACGGUUCAACAGUGGAAUCAAUAACACGUUCUCCGCUUCGCUCCAGUUUAAAGAAACCUCGCCCGCCUCGUGAUCCUGCGUUAGGUAUUCCAAACCCUGGCUUUUCAGGAUCGGGAAGCUCACCGCCUAUGCACCGUAGUAGUAGUGUAAAAAAAGUUCGCAUUCAAACACAUAGCACAGAAGUGUGAGGUUUGAUGAGGAAUGAAUAUUGUAGGAGGAAAAGAUGUAAAAUGUCAGUAAACUGAAGAUAAUGGUAUUUUGACACUUUAAUGCGAUAUGUAAUGUGUGCAGAAAAAAUAUGUUGUAUGUCCGAAACAUACACAUUGCAUAUAGCAUACAUAUAUGUACAUGUGUCAAUAAGGCAUAUCCAUUGCAGCCGAACUUAUAAACAUUAGUAUAGAAAUAACAUAGAGCUGUUAUUUCAACAUAAUAAUGAGGGUCCUUAUGCAUAUCGAUAAAUUUACGAAUCAUACAAGUUUACGCAUUUAAUUCAAUUACACCAAUAAUAAUUUUUCUGCAAAUUUAUCAUUCCAAUGUAAAACUUAAUUUAAAAUGUCUAAAAUGAACGAGAGAAUCAAUACGAAUGCAGGUCAUACUCAAAAUAACAUUUUAAUUCCUUUUGUUUUGAUAUUUGCUUUUAACAUUUUGACCAUGAAAACAUGCAAAAAGCAUAACGUUUUUGUUUCUUAUUUUCGUAGUUGUUUAUCUCCUGACUUAAAGCCGCAUUGUACAAAAGUAAACGUUAAAAUACUGAAGGCAUUGGUAAAUUAGUAGUAUUAACAGAAUCAAAACGGUGAAGAUUUUUCUCUUAUUAUUAUAUAAUUGAUUUGAUAUGAUAUUUAAAUGAAUUCUCUUAAAAGUAAUUCAGAAACGCAAUUCAUGAAAAGAUGCUUAAUGCUUUGUGCAAAGUGGACACAUCCGUCUAAUAGUUAGUCUUCCAUUUGGACUUAAAUUUUACACUUAAUUAUUUUCUAUCCAUUUAUAAUUAUAUAAUGUUCUAAUCUAUUGUUGUCUAUAAUGUUCGCAAAAUCGGAUUUAUGGGAAAUAGUCGCUGGAUAAAUAAUACUUCACUUCUGAAUAAUGUAAACAUAUCAAUCGUUAGACAUUAAUUCGUCAUUGUGACCAAUGCUAGUGAAGCAUGCACGUAUUCAAUAUCCACACCAAACUUCAUUUAUACAUUUGUUCAUUGCGUGAAAAAAAUAAAGUGAAACCAAAGACAAUGAAGUGGCAAUAUUAAAACUACAGUUUAGCCGCUGGCGACCGAAGGACUUUUUUAGGCUUGAAUAGACUUUGCUAGCGGAGCUUGUGCCUCCCACUUAACUAUAGUCGAUUCAAAAAUGCCCCCGGAAAUGAAAUUUUAGAUUAAGAAUAUUGAAAUUUAGAGCAAAAAAACAUUAGUUUAUACGGAGUAGGAAAGAAUAUUAAAAAGUUGUUAUUCUCAAACAUAGAUGAAGUGAAAUACCGAUUGUGGUAGAUAUUUUGAAUGAUUUAACUUAAAACCAUUAAUAAAUCGGCUUUUUUUUUAAACAAAAUAAAUUCAAUAUCUCGAAAUAUAUGAACUAUUCCUAGUUUUUGUACACUUCAUCAUAAAACUGCACGGAAAAUUUUGCGUUAUUAUUUUGGCUUAUCUCAUAAUUUAAAAUAUAAAUUUUAGAUUAAAUCUUAGUUAUUUUUGUCGAUUAACUUGGAAUAUAAUUGUUUUUAGUUACCUUACAUUUUAUUUCGAAAAAGUGGAAUGACAAUUAUUAAAUUUAAUGUAUUUUCCAUGCAGUUGCAUAGGGCUUAUGUUGGUUAUUGAUCUUUUUGACAAAUUAAAUUUAUUAACAAAAUAUUAAACGUAGCUCAUUUAAUUGAAUUCAGUGUAAGCCCAUUUCGGUUUCAAACUAAAAUGUUUCAAAUCGCAUUUUCGUUAGGAAGCAAGAGCACAUUGACCAAAUGGUACAUAUGUAUUAUCUAAUAUGGUCAAUGCAUUGAUGAUUUAAAUAUUUACAAAAUUAUAUGACUGCACACAUACCAUGGUAUAUUCAAAUGCAACUCGCGAAUAUUACAAAUAUUACAUACAUAUACAUAUUAUCAGAUAAAACAGCUAACAAUAAUUGUCAAUUACAAAAACAUUGCGAACUUACACAUUUGCACAAACUAUAAAGUAAUUUAAAUGAGGCUGUGUUUUAUUACAUUCACCGGCCCUACUAAGAUAUUCGUAGACUAAUAGAAUCUAAUUUUUAUAUUUUUUACACAUUUUUUUGUGCUUUUAAAGUGAUAGAACAUUAAGAAUAUCUUUAUACUAAGGAACACUAAGCAAAAGGCCUUACUGCAUAAUUUCCUUACAAAAGCAGAAUAUAUUGAAAAAUAUUCCGUCCAUUUGUACUUUUUAAGCAAUAAGUUAAGAGAUGUAUAAGUAGAAUAACUGCACGUGUUUCCAUCUCCUUUUGGUAUGGUAAUUAGUAUAACUAUAAAAUAUUCGCAAAUCGUGUGUAUAUAUGUAGGUACGAAAACUAAAAUAAUAAAAUCUUUAAUCACACGAAAGAGUUGAAAAAGGGUUAUAUUUAUUUUUGUAAACAUUUAACAGCACUUUAUAUUAAUGUCAUGUGUUAUUUGUUACCGUUUGGACAUUAAAAUACAAAAUAUAUAUUCUAGUUUGCAAUAUUUGAUUUAUAUACAUAUAUAAGUAGAAGAUGAAAUACAAUUCUUUAAAAACCUAGUGUAUAUUUUUUACACAUAUAUUUUUUAUUUCCAUAAUGUUUAUAUAAGCAGGAAUUUAAAUAAUAUUAUAAAAAUACUUUACAUCAAGCAAAAAUUAAAAGAUAAAUAAAUUAUAAAA